CACAAAUAAAUGAUAUAGUACAAUCAUGAAAAUACUUCGUUUGUUUUUGAUUUUCCUAUAAUAGUAACUUUUGACAUUCCCGGCCUUCCAUACUUUAUACUUUCUAUAUCUAAUAAGUAUCUGCACGUGAUCUUUAACACCCAAUCACAGCACUGGUUACUUCUUGGUCAAAAAUUCAAAAUGGCUUUGUUUACAUAGGUACCUCAAUUAUACUUGUGCAUAUAUAUAUUUUUGGACUGGAAAUUAUACAUUUUCCAGGAUGAUGAAACUUUGAUGUCAUUAUGAUGCCAAUGAUACUUAUUUUGAUACACGAUUGUGAUGACAUUAUUAAAGUCUGCAACCAAAUUUUUGUCAUCGUCCUUAAAAGAACCCAUACCAUAUAACAUCUAAAUAUCUAGUCGGAAAUACAUCACCAGAGGAAAUAAAACCCAAUCAAUCAAUUACAAACUAUAGAAAUAAAGAGGGGCGGUGAUAAUGGCGCCCAACAUUUUCAGCAGACUGUACAUAAUAGUGCACGUAACUGAGAUGACUAUAUGGAAUUUCAUAUUCCAUUAAAUUGUACAAGAGCAUUUUGAGACUGCUGGACUAACAAAUAAAUGGAAACUUUUAUACGGAUGCCGGCAGGAAUCUACAUUCAGGAUCUUAGGCCUACCACGAUGGAAAAGACUGGAGUAUUAGGAGAAAUUCUGAGGAUUUAGGAACAGUGACAUUCUGUGUUUCAGAGAAAGGAAGUGUUGUACGUUUGUGGCGUUUUGAUAACGCAGUGUUUAAUUAUUAUUAUUUGGAAUAAUUUUGGAUUGUGUGACGAUGAAUAUGUGAGUUGAAUUUUCUUUAUAUGUAUUAUUUUUGUUGUGCGGUAAAUUAUUUUUGUAUCAGUUGAUUUCUGAUUUUUGAGUAAGCCAUACUUUUCAUAAAGAAGCUGAAUAUUUUGCAUACAUAUUGUGUUGAAGAAGUGACCAUCACAUAUUAACACAGACUAAUUGCAUGCAAAUCCCCCUACUAUUUUCUUUCUGUAAAUUUACGUUGAAGUGAAUACUUACAUUAUUGCCAGGCCAUAUUGAUUUUUUUCAUUGAAAACAGGACUUAGUUUCUGGAGCUAACACGAUUGAUAUUGUUGAAAUACCCCGCUUUAAUUUCCGAUACUUCUCGGAUUAGUAAUGACCCGAUAAGAUAUACUGUCCUAGUCAGUCGUCCCUGUAGCCCAGUGGUAGUGAUUGGCGCAAUCAGAUCUCAAAGAUCACGGAUCGAGUCGCGGACGGAGCAAAUUUUUUUUGCCAAAUCGGAAAGAAAAAGUUUUUCUAUCGGUGAAAAAUAAAUCCUUGCAAGGUAAAUUAAGAUUUUUUUCGCGUGUUUUUUGUGAUCAAAGUAAAUAGUUGCAAUAUAACUAUUGCAAAAUUUACUUGAUAUCGUGUCGUUUUAACGGGUCGCGCGAAACACAUACAUUUUCCGUAAUACUUUACAGACAUCACAUACACAUACAAUAUUUCACAACACAGAAAAAAAAAUCAUGAAAGUGAAUUAAAUGAAAUCUUGAACACAUAGAAAACACGUACAUGUAUAUAGUGAAUACAUAUUGUAAGAAAUAGUUCAUAUGCAUAGAAGUAGUAUAUGUGAAUUGAAAUAUGAAAACAAUACAGGGAAAGACUGAAAUUAUUGAAAAUUUGAAUUAGUAUAUUGAAUGAAACAAGAAAAUACUUGUACAGAAACUACGGAACAUAAGAAGAAACAUCAGUAUAUAGAAAUAAAACGAAAGUAGUGAAAUAUUUUUCAGUGUAAAUAAAAGACUGAAAAUAUACAUAAAUACUGAAAAUAUAUAUAAAUUCUGCAAAGUUGUAAAAGUACGGCGUACAAAAAGAGACACGCACCGCACACGGAUUAAUUAAAAGACAUAAACAUUGUUUUAUAUUGACCGGAGUGGAGGAAUUGAUAGGAUAUACACAUUGAGAAUUUGAUUAUUAUUUAAUUGAAAUAAAGUAGGAAAGAACGGCCACGAAAUAUCGAGCAAAUGUGAAGAGACUUUGAAAUUGAAAGUGGAGUAAGAGACAGUGAAAACAUUACACAUACUCAAUAAUGGCAUCGAAUUUGCCUGAAAGAGAAUUAAGAAGGAUCGACAGAGAAAGGCGAAAGGAAGAAGAUAGAGUACAAAUGGAGAAAGAUAAAAGACGUCAGAAAAAGGAAGAGGAACAUAAACGUUUAAUGGAUGAAAGAGAAAGUAAAAUGAUAGAAUUACAAAAGCAGAGAGAAAAGUUGUUAGAGAAAAGGCGUAAAUAUAAGGAGAAACGUCAGCUAAUGUUAGAUAUGGAUAAGAAUAGAAAGGAAAGAGAAAAGUUAGAAAAAGAAAUGAAAGAUGUAUCAUUAAAUGAAAGUAUGGUGUAUGAUGAUGACUAUAGUGAUACGGGUGAAAAGUAUAAUGAGCACGUUGUACAUGCAAUGGUACAUAAAGAAAACGUUAGUGAUGAAGAUAUAAAUGGGAAAAGUAAUGAAAGUGAUAAUAAAACGGAUAAAACAGGUGCAUAUAAAGAUGAAGAGAAGUAUAGUGAAAGAUACACAGAAAAUAAAAUAGAAAGUCACAGAGAAUAUGUGCAUAACGAAGACUUAUAUAACGAAAGUGAAAAAUCAGAUAGUGAUAGUAUUGAAGACAUAGAAAUAAUUCCAGAAAGACAUAGUGUUUAUAGAAAUAAAGAAAGUUUACAAAGUGGGAGGAUGAAAGAGGUAUAUAAUUACGAUGAUAGUGCUGAUACUGAAGAGUCAGAUGAUGACUAUAAAACUGUUGAUCAAACAGGCGAUGCAGAUUAUAUUAGAAAUACUGAAGAUAGCAGUACGGAAAUAGAAGACAAUGCUGAUGACGAUAAACAAUUAGAGGAAGAAAUGAAAUGGUUAGAUGAAAAAUGGCGAAAGUAUGAAAAUGAAAACAUUCAGUUGGAAACAGACAUAAAACAAAUACAGAGUGAGGAAAGGAUUAGCAGUGAUACUACGAGAAAUAGACCAAAUAGAAAUGGAUCUGAAGAAAAGAGGAAGAAAAGAAAUAUCAAAAGUGAUAAAUGUGAAAAUGACAAUGAACGUAGGGACGAAGAACGUAAACUAAUAGAGAAAAUUAAACAGUUAAAAAUAAGAGAAAAGAAAGUGAAUGAUGUUAUAGAAAAGAAUAGAUUACUGAAAAAGAGACAAGCUGAGGAAAUAAAAAAAAAGAAAUCAACGUAAGAAAGAAAUUAAAAGACAAAAAGAAAUAAAACAAGUGAAAGAAGAACAAAUAAGAAAACUAAAGGAAGAAGAAAGAAAGUUAAAGAGGAGAAUUAAAGCGAAAUAAACGGCUUUAUUAUCAAAUGAAGAAAGUGAUGAAAAAAGUAAUAGUGAUGACGAAGUAAGAGAAAGAAAAUCAGCUAAAAGUUAUAAAUCAGAAAGUUGGAAAGGAAAAUUACACAAACCUAACAUUCCAUCCUUAACAGAAACAACCUUCAAGGAAUGGAAAAUCGAAGUAGAGAUUAUUCUUAAGUCAGGGUUAUAUGAAGAACAUAUAUUGAGACAGGCAGUUAGAAAU